AAAGAAAUAGCUGAAGAUGUUAACAAAUGGAAACACAUACCAUGCUCAUGGCUGGGAAGAAUCAACAUCGUUAAAAUGUCCAUACUACCCAAAGCAAUCUACAGAUUUAAUGUGAUCCCUAUUAAAGCACCUCUGUUAUACUUUAAAGAUCUGGAAAAAAUAGUACUUCAUUUUAUAUGGAAACAGAAAAAACCUCGAAUAGCUAAGACAUUACUCAGAAAUAAAAACAAAUCAGGCAGAAUCAUGCUACCAGACUUCAGACUGUACUAUAAAUGUAUAGUGAUCAAAACAGCAUGGUACUGGCACAAAAAUAGAGAGGUAGAUGUAUGGAACAGAAUUGAGAACCAAGAGAUGAAUCCGGACACUUAUCAUCAUUUGAUCUUUGAUAAGCUCAUCAAAAAUAUAAAUUGGGGGAAAGACUCCCUAUUUAACAAAUGGUGCUGGGUGAAUUGGCUGACGACUUGUAGAAAACUGAAACUGGACCCACACCUUUCACCUUUAACAAAAAUUGACUCUCACUGGAUAAAAGACUUAAACUUAAGACUUGAAACUAUAAAUAUUCUUGAAGAGAGUGCAGGGGAAACACUUGAAGAAAUUGGCCUGGGAGAAAACUUUAUGAGGAGGACCCCCCCAGGCAAUUGAAGGAAUACCAAAAAUACAUUACUGGGAUCUGAUCAAACUAAAAAACUUCUGCACAGCCAAGAACACACUAAUUCCAGAAAUCUCCUCCUUGACUUGGUUUACCACCAUUGUGCCUUUGGUCCUGGUGAUAACUAUGACAGCUGUCAAAGAUGCCACAGAUGACUAUUUUCGCUACAAGAGUGAUAAGCAAGUGAAUAAUCGGCAGUCUGAAGUGCUCAUCGACAGCAAAUUGCAGAAUGAAAAAUGGAUGAAUGUCAAAGUGGGAGACAUCAUUAAAUUAGAAAAUAACCAAUUUGUUGCUGCUGAUUUGCUUCUCCUAUCAAGUAGUGAGCCACAUGGUCUCUGUUAUAUUGAAACUGCUGAGCUUGAUGGUGAAACGAACCUUAAAGUCCGCCAUGCGCUGUCAGUUACCUCAGAACUUGGAGCAGAUAUUAGCAGACUUGCAAGGUUUGAUGGGAUUGUUGUCUGUGAGGCACCUAACAACAAGUUAGAUAAAUUCACGGGAGUCCUCUCGUGGAAGGGCUGCAAACACUCCCUCAGCAAUGAGAAGAUAAUCCUGAGAGGCUGCGUCCUGAGGAACACCAGCUGGUGUUUCGGAAUGGUUAUUUUCGCAGGUCCUGAUACUAAACUAAUGCAGAACAGUGGUAAGACAAAGUUUAAAAGGACAAGCCUUGAUAGAUUGAUGAAUACUCUAGUACUAUGGAUUUUUGGGUUUCUGGUAUGCUUGGGAAUUAUUCUCGCAGUAGGAAAUUCAGUCUGGGAGAAUCAAGUUGGGGAGCAGUUCAGAACUUUCCUCUUUCGGAAUGAAGGAGAGAAGAACUUUGUGUUCUCAGGAUUCUUAACAUUCUGGUCAUAUAUUAUUAUUCUUAAUACAGUUGUACCCAUCUCAUUAUAUGUGAGUGUGGAAGUAAUUCGUCUGGGACACAGUUAUUUUAUAAACUGGGAUCGGAAGAUGUAUUACUCUGGGAAAGCCACACCUGCUGAAGCUCGGACGACCACGCUCAAUGAGGAGCUGGGCCAGAUAGAAUAUGUUUUCUCUGACAAAACGGGUACCCUUACUCAAAAUAUCAUGACUUUUAAAAGAUGUUCCAUUAAUGGGAGAAUCUAUGGUGAAGUACAUGAUGAGCUGGAUCAGAAGACAGAAAUAACUAAGAAAAAAGAGCCUGUGGAUAUCUCAGUCAGAUCUCAAGCAGAUGGAACAUUUCAGUUCUCUGACCAACAUUUGAUGGAGUCCAUUAAGCUGGGCGAUCCCAAAGUGCAUGAGUUCCUUAGGUUACUUGCUCUCUGCCAUACCGUAAUGUCAGAAGAGAACAGUACAGGACAGCUGAUUUACCAAGUUCAGUCACCCGAUGAAGGGGCUCUAGUGAAUGCUGCUAGAAAUUUUGGGUUCAUUUUUAAGUCUCGGACCCCAGAGACAAUAACAAUAGAAGAAUUGGGAACACUAGUUACUUAUCAAUUGCUUGCCUUUUUGGACUUCAACAAUAUAAGAAAAAGGAUGUCUGUUAUAGUUCGAAACCCAGAAGGACAGAUCAAGCUUUAUUCCAAAGGAGCAGAUACUAUUCUGUUUGAAAAACUUCAUCCUUCCAAUGGAGACCUUCUGACUCUGACAUCAGACCAUCUCAGUGAAUUUGCAGGGGAAGGCCUUCGAACCUUGGCUAUUGCACACAGAGAUCUGGAUGACGCGUACUUUAAAGAGUGGCAUAAAAUGCUUGAAGAUGCAAAUACUGCCACAGAUGAGAGGGAUGAACGGAUAGCAGGGCUGUAUGAAGAAAUUGAAAAAGAUUUAAUGCUACUAGGUGCUACUGCUGUAGAAGAUAAGUUGCAAGAGGGUGUUAUUGAAACAGUUUCAAGUUUAUCACUAGCCAAUAUUAAGAUAUGGGUCCUCACAGGAGACAAACAAGAAACUGCUAUAAACAUCGGUUAUGCCUGCAACAUGUUGACAGAUGACAUGAACGAUGUGUUCAUCAUAGCAGGGAAUACUGCCAUAGAAGUGAGAGAAGAACUCAGGAAAGCAAAGGAAAAUUUGUUUGGACAAAAAAGAAGUUUUUUCAACGGCCAUGUAGUUUGUGAAAAAAAGCAGCAGCUGGAGCUGGACUCUGUUGUAGAAGAAACAGUGACAGGAGAUUAUGCCUUAAUCAUAAAUGGCCACAGUUUGGCCCAUGCACUAGAAAGUGAUGUCAAGAAUGACCUCCUAGAACUUGCCUGCAUGUGUAAGACUGUGGUUUGCUGCAGAGUCACCCCACUUCAGAAAGCCCAAGUAGUAGAACUGGUGAAGAAGCAUAGAAAUGCUGUCACUUUGGCCAUUGGUGAUGGAGCCAAUGACAUCAGCAUGAUUAAAAGUGCUCAUAUUGGCGUUGGCAUCAGCGGCCAGGAAGGUCUGCAAGCAGUCUUAGCCAGUGACUAUUCAUUUGCACAGUUUAGAUAUCUCCAAAGGCUUCUCCUUGUUCAUGGAAGAUGGUCCUAUUUCCGAAUGUGCAAAUUCUUAUGCUAUUUCUUCUAUAAGAAUUUUGCAUUUACACUUGUACAUUUCUGGUUUGGUUUCUUCUGUGGUUUCUCAGCCCAGACUGUUUAUGAGCAAUGGUUCAUCACCCUUUUUAACAUUGUUUACACAUCACUACCUGUUUUAGCCAUGGGAAUUUUUGACCAGGAUGUGAAUGACCAGAACAGCAUGGACUGUCCCCAGCUCUAUGAACCUGGACAGCUGAACCUACUUUUUAACAAGCGAAAAUUUUUCAUCUGCAUGUUGCAUGGAAUCUACACCUCAUUAGCCCUUUUCUUCAUCCCCUAUGGGGCCUUUUACAACGUAGCUGGAGAAGAUGGGCAACACAUUGCCGACUACCAGUCUUUUGCAGUUACCAUGGCCACGUCUUUGGUCAUUGUGGUCAGUGUGCAGAUAGCCUUGGAUACCAGUUACUGGACUGUCAUUAAUCAUGUCUUCAUCUGGGGAAGCAUUGCUACCUAUUUCUCAAUUUUAUUUACAAUGCAUAGUAAUGGCAUCUUUGGUGUCUUCCCAAACCAGUUUCCAUUUGUUGGAAAUGCAUGGCAUUCCUUGACCCAGAAGUGCAUCUGGCUUGUUAUUCUCUUAACAACAGUGGCUUCAGUUAUGCCAGUGGUGGCAUUCAGAUUUUUGAAGGUGGAUUUAUACCCAACCUUGAGUGAUCAGAUCCGCAGGUGGCAGAAGGCUCAAAAGAAGGCAAGACCUCUAAGUAGCCGAAGGCCUCGGACCCGCAGGUCAAGCUCAAGAAGAUCUGGAUAUGCUUUUGCUCACCAAGAAGGCUAUGGAGAGCUUAUUACAUCUGGAAAAAAUAUGCGAGCUAAAAAUCCACCGCCAACAUCAGGGUUGGAAAAGACACUUUAUAAUAGCACUAGCUGGAUUGAAAAUUUAUGUAAGAAAACCACAGACACAGGGAGCAGCUUUAGCCAGGAUAAAACAGAGAAAUUGUGAGUCAAGAUAAAUUUGAACUAUACAGUUAUCUUUUCACUUCAGGUGGAGCUGAAAAUUCAGCUGGCUCGAAUUUGGGAGCUGGGACUAGAGGUGGGGCAGGUUGCCCCACUUGAUUUCAAUCUGUGCCAGACAGCUGCCGGUGCCCAUCAUGAAGGUGUGUGCUCCACGGAAAACUAAGCCAGAUGGUGACUGUCUAAUUUGUGAUUUGGUCAACAAAAUCCUCACAGUACAAGCACAGUUUUGUUUUUGUUUUUGUUUUUUAAAUCAACCUAGAUUCCAAAUUAACCUGAAUUUCAAAGUCUUAUUUAUGGAGAAAAACUUGUAAAUUUGUGUAGACAUUGAAUGAAUACUCAGGUAGAUAAAAGGAUGCAUCUCAAAGGUGUGUAUCCAAGUUGAAAAGCAUGCUGGUUGACAGAUAAACACGUCUGUGGAGGAGGAGCAGCCUUUCCCAAGGUACAUGUUCAAGAUUUAGAGCGUGUACUAUGGUACUUUCAUGCUAUGAGUUGUGUGUCACUGUUUAGUCUGAUGUCCACCUGCCUGUUCAUACAGGACAGCAAAUCACUUUCAUGCAUGAAGAAUAGAAAACCAUGUUUGUCUCCUCAUUUUUCUACCAGUCUAGGGACAAAGUAGACUGAGUAUCUUACAGCUGGGUCAGCUGGCAAUUUGGUCAAAGAGCUUUCAAACUGAAGGCACAAGUUCAUGAAAUGUCAAAGAGAGGCUCUCUAUGAAGUAUUCUAAACACUUUUCAAUGGCUUUUAUAACUUCAGCAGUAAUUUGCUGAGCAUCACCCAGACCAUGAAUGGAAUCAGCAAAGCAUUGAAAUUUCACAUUUUGAUAGUAUUCUGUAUCAUCUAUGAGCAAACACAUUCAACAUUUCCAGUUUUAAAAACUUCAGAACUGGAGUCCUCGCAAGAUAGCGUUGGUGGUCAGAUGCGCUUCGUGAGGGACAGAUGAUGCCUGAAUGCUGAAGGAGAAACCUUCCAGAGAACCAGCACAAAGAUUCUAAGCGGCGACCCUGAAACUAAUUAAUCCUCCUAAAUCUUAAAACCUGAGGAUGACAUAGAACAAGCAUAAAUUUACAAGAAGCAAAGGAAGAAAACAUAUUUAUCUGGGAACAUUUCAGCUACACUUUUGACUUGGUAACUGUUCUCCCCCUCAAAAAUCAAGAGUUUGGGAGAGGCGGAGCAAGAUGGCAGCCGAGUAACAGCUUCCCUGUGUCUGGGCACCGUGAGUCUGGGGAUAUAGGACUCCAGGCAUCUCUGGCUGGUGGGAUCUGCCUAUCAUCACCCCUGAGAGGAUACAGGGUGUCAGCGAGAGACUUCUGGACCCCAAGAGGAGGACUAAAACAGUGGAAAACCGGCAAGUGGUCGCGUGUGUUCAAUCUGUCUAAACCCGCCCGCAACUGUAAGUUCAGUAGCAGCGAGACUGCAAACCAGAAAGGCCUUACCUGUGAACUGUUUUGGUGUCUUUGGACUUGGCACUCAGCUGAACUGCCUUGGGGAGAGCCUGAGCGGCAGUGCGGAGAACUUGGGCGUUGUCUAGGGCCCCAGUCUGAGCCGCUGAGCCAGACGGAGCUAAUAGAGUUUGGCUCUGGGUCAUAGGCAAUCAUUGUGAGCGAUCUGCCCCGGCAGGCUCUGCCCUCAGGGUCGCAGAGCUGGAAUUGGGUGGGAGCUGGUAACCUAGCGACCAAGUAGCCUAAGGGCGGGGUCUGAGCCGCCUUGCAGCCCUAACCCUCGGGGGCAGAGGGAGACCAGUUUUGACACACAGGGUAAGUGGAUAGCCACUUCAGCAGUGAUUCCAGCGACAAGCACUUCCCUGAGAAAGCUUCUGCUCAUCCACAGGCACGAGAACUUAAAGAGCAAGAGGAAGUGAAAGGAAAAUUAGGGCAAGGAAACAGAUAAAAGAAAUCACCCAUGAGGAAGAAUCAGCAGAAAAGUCCAGGCAACAUGAAGAAGCAGUCCAGAACAACCCCGCCAAGGGACCAUGAGGUAGCUACUGCAGAGGAUACCACCUAUACAGAAAUGUUAGGAAGGACAGAAAGGGAAUUUAGAAUACACAUGUUGAAAACAAUGAAAGAAAUGAUGGAAACAAUGAAGGAAACUGCUAAUAAAGUGGAAAAUAACCAAAAGGAAAUCCAAAAACAGAAUCCAAUAAGAGAUGAACGAUAUGAAGAAUAUAAAAAGGAUAUAGCAGAGCUGAAGGAAAUGAAACAAUCAGGGAACUUAAGGAUGCAAUGGAAAGUAUCAGCAACAGGUUAGACCAUGCAGAAGAAAGAAUUUCAGAGGUAGAAGACAAAGUUUUUGAGAUAACUCAGAUAGUAAAAGAGGCAGAAAAGAAGAGAGAGAAAGCAGAACGUUCACUGUCAGAAUUAUGGGACUUUAUGAAGCGUUC